AUGGCGAAACGCAGCACUUUAUUUUGUUCCUAUCGACACCAAGUGUUACGAAAUUGGCAAUCUACCGAAGCUGUUUUAACCAAAGAAAAUUUUGUAUAUCCUAUUCUUGUCCAUGACAAACCCGAUGUUGAAGAACCAUUAGAAGCUCUUCCUGCUUUAACACGUUAUGGUUGUAAUCGCCUAGAAGCUCAUGUAGGACCCUUAGUUGAUAAAGGUUUAACAUCAGUGUUAAUCUUCGGCGUUUUACAAAACCUAUCCAAGGAUGUUCGUGGUUCAAAUGCUGACUCGGAAAAUGCCCCAGCAAUGCAAGCUAUUCGUAAACUACGAAGUGCCUUUCCUAAUAUUCUCAUCAUUGCGGACGUUUGCAUUUGUAGUUAUACAAGUACUGGACAUUGUGGUAUUUGCUGUGACAAUGGCGAUAUCGACAUAGAUGCUUCAGUAAAAAGACUUGCUGAAAUUUCUGUUAAUUUUGCGAAAGCAGGUUGCGAUGUCAUUGCUCCAUCUUCCAUGAUGGAUGGAAGAGUUGCUGCAAUUAAAUCAGCUUUGAAGGAGAACGGUUUUGGCAACAAGAUUCCUGUCCUUAGCUACUCCGCAAAAUUUAGAUCAUUCUUUUAUGGCCCCUUCCUGGAGGCAACUAAGAGUUGCUUACCAAAGCAGGACAAGAAAAUGUAUCACUUACCACCAGCUUCAAGUGGGAUAGCACAUCGUGCCUUGAAACGAGAUAUAGAUGAAGGGGCAGAUAUGCUCAUGGUGAAACCUAGCUUUGCCUACACAGAUAUUCUACGCGAUGCCAAAACAAUGUUUCCGGAUAUACCGCUAGCUGUGUAUCAGGUCUCAGGUGAAUACGCGAUGCUAUUAAAAGGUGCUGAAGAAGGCCUUUACAAUUUAGAUGAUGGCGUUUUAGAAGUUAUGACAGGCUUACGAAGAGCAGGUGCCGAUAUUAUCAUUACCUAUUUUGCUCCGUAUGUAUUGGAUUGGCUUAGCGUCAAGAAAUAA